UUAAAUAAAAAGGAAAACUUUUGCCGUUUUAUAUCAAAAAGUUUUUAUCCCAAGAAUCGGUUUGAAUGGAGUCUAAAAUACAUUCAUUUAGCUGUUCAACAGAAGUGAAUAAAAUAUUGUCCCAAAAAUGUGAUUCACUUCCCGUUUAUGAAAGCAAUGAAAAAAGACUUUUCAAUCGAGACUUAUAUGGAUAUUCACUGCCGAGCGAUGACUACGUCUACACACAGAGCGUACGGACAAUACAAGAAUCGGACUCAAGUGAUGACAAGAGUGUCACACGAGUGCCGUUUCAGAGGAAACAGUUGUUUAUAUUAAUACUGUUGGCUUACGGCAACUUCUGGGUGGCCGCCUGUGUCAGCCUUCAGGCGCCCUUCUAUCCCAAAGAAGCCGAAUCUAAAGCUGAUGAUUGCCAUCACUUCACCACUCUUUGGCAAAAUGAUUUCAUCCGUAUCGCCGGUCCUGUUGUGCGAAAUCGGACAUUAGGCGCGACUCCCACUCAAUACGGGUUAGUGUUUGGCAUCUAUGAGCUGAUGAUUGCCAUCACUUCACCACUCUUUGGCAAAAUGAUUUCAUCCGUAUCGCCGGUCCUGUUGUGCGAAAUCGGACUUUUUGUGUCCGGUUUUAGUACUAUUGUGUUCGGCGUAUUGGACAGACUGCCCUCCGGAACCCCUUUUAUAGCCAUGUGUUUUGCCGUCCGUAUAGUUGAAGGCAUAUCUGCGGCCGCAUUCAUGACCGCCUCGUAUGUAAUUAUGGCCAAAGAAUUCUCCGAUAAAAUCGCCACAACUUUUUCACUGUUGGAAACAUGUUUUGGUUUGGGUUUAAUACUCGGGCCAACACUUGGCGGUGCUUUUUAUCAAAUGGGAGGCUUUUUAGCGCCGUUUGUCAUAUUGGGCUCAUUCUUGCUAUUAGGGGUUGAGUCUUCUCAACAAAAGUCGGGAAAUAUAUUCAAAUUCAUAGCCGACACCGGAAUACUAUUGGACGCCUUAGCCAUCGCCACAUCUCUCAACUUCAUUGGCUUCAAUGCGGCCACUCUUGAGCCACAUCUCAGGAAAUUUGAUCUGUCGCCUAUAAUAAUGGGCUGUAUUUUUGUCAUUUCUGGUGGUAUUUAUGCCAUCACUACUCCUAUUUGGGGAAGACUUUGUGAUAAAGGGUUUGAUCCCAAGAAACUAUCAUUAUUUGGUUCACUACUGUGUCUCAUAGGCUUCACAUUCAUAGGACCUCUUGAUUUCAUUCCUCUUCAAACUGAAUUAUGGCUCGUAAUCCUAUCCCUGGUAUUCAUUGGUCUGGGAAUCGCAUCAAAACUGGUCACAGCAUUCAUCAGCGCUUUGCACGACUCAAUACAUCGACGAGGUUUUGCCGACGAUAUAUCCACCUAUGGAUUAGUGUCGGCGAUGUUCUUCUGCGCCUGUAGUAUAGGUGCAUUCAUCGGUCCCUCUUUGGGUGGUUUCCUAUUGGAUAGAAUCGGUUAUCGAAAAGCAAUUCUCGUUAUUCUGGUCGUCGAUAUUGUUAUGGUAUUGUUUCAUUUGAUUUAUAUGACUGCCAGAAGACUACAAAAGUCCGACAGAGAUGACGAACUCCGACCACUUCUCGCAAAUUAACUGUAUUUUAAUUAUUAGUAAAAUUAAUUUUAGUGUUUUUUUAAUUUUCUAUUUAUUUAUAUCGCAUUUAUUAUUCAUUUUUAUCAAAUAAUUUGUCAUUAAAUUUUGCACAAAUAAAGUAUUGCUUUUUAAAA